AUGCUCGCAAGAAUUCAUGUUCUCCGUCACCCUGUGCCUGCUCCAGAGCUCAGGACCUGUCUGUCUUUAGACACCCUGAAGCUUCAGGCCCAAAAAGGAGAUUGCAUGCAAUUACCAUAUGCUGAAGUACUUGGUUUUUCUCCUGUAGGCAUCGCUAUUCCCAUCCCUAUCAGAGGCAUUGAAGAUGGAAACAGCAACUCUACAAACAUCACAUGUGUCCUGAUGCCUGACCGCUUUCAUGACUUCAUUCUAUACGGGUCAGUGGCUGCAUUCUUCAUUCCCCUCGCUAUCAUGAUAGUCACUUAUUUUCUGACAAUUCAAGUGCUACGCAAGAAGGCCUAUUUGAUCAACAAGCCACCUCAGCGUUUCACCUGGUCAACAGUGUCCACAGUAUUUCAGCGUGACACAACGCCUGCCUCCUCACCAGAAAAGGUGGCCAUGCUAAACGGCUCCAGAAAGGACAAGACCUUGUCCAACGAUAUGCCCAUCUGCAGAACAUCUACGAUUGGGAGGAAGUCCAUGCAAACAAUAACCAAUGAACAAAGGGCAUCAAAAGUCCUGGGGAUUGUAUUUUUUCUUUUCUUGCUGAUGUGGUGCCCGUUCUUCAUAACAAACAUUAGUUCAGUUCUGUGCAACUCCUGCAACAAGGAGGUUUUUCAAAAGCUUAUGGAGAUAUUUGUUUGGAUAGGAUACGUAUCCUCAGGAGUGAACCCCCUUGUCUAUACACUCUUCAACAAAACAUUCAGGGAGGCUUUCAGCAGGUACAUCACUUGUAACUAUCGGACCACAAAGCCUAUCAAAGCCCUCCGGAAGCGCUCCAGCAGGAUCUCUUUCAAAAAUUCCGUGGCAGAAAAUUCCAAGCUCUUUGUCAUGCAUGGGAUGAGAAAUGGUAUUAACCCCAUUAUGUACCAGAGCCCAAUGAGGCUGAGGAGCUCACCCAUCCAAGCGUCAUCAGCCAUUCUUCUGGAUACACUGCUGCUCACAGAGAACGAGGUUGAUAAAACAGAAGAACAAGUCAGCUACGUAUAGUGGAAUGGCAACCGUGCCCACAUCAUAGUAUUACUGUGUGUAUUAUUAUAGGUAACUGUGCUGUAAAAGGGUAUAAAUACUAUUGUUUCCUGUUAUUUAUGCAAGCAAUAUCUUAUAAAGUUAUAUUAAUUCCUCUCCUCCAACACUGCCUCUACUUUAACCCCAACCCCAUGGUGGCAACGAAAACUUCAUUCCAUGAUAAACAACUAAUGCAGAACUGUAGCCUACAGGAAGGGGGUAAUAAAU